AUGUAUAAAUUCGCUGCUGCUCUCCUUGUGCUAAUUAUUGCUUUCCAUGGAACAUUCGGUCAAAUGUCAUUUGGUGGUUAUUCUGAUCAUCCAGAAUUAAUUGAAGAUGAUACUACAUUGCUUUUGACUGAUUUUGCUGUUGAAUAUUUUUCAGCAGAACAAAAUCUUAAAUUAACAAAUCUUGAGAUUACCCGUGUUCGAAUUCAAACAGUCUCAGGCACAAACUACAAGAUCAACUUUACUGGUGACAAUGGUGCCCAAAAAAUGGAAUGUGAAGUUGUUGUUUUUCUAGGCUUCAAUUUUAAGAAGAAAAUUUUUGAUGCUAGUUGUGAUCCACUGUAA